AUGACUAUAUCACAAACUUCCUUCUCUGCCCCGUCGCAGGUCAUCUCGUUCGAUGGUCUUCUUUCAGACUUUGACGGGACCAUCAUCGACUCGACUAAUGCGAUUGUAAAACACUGGCAUAAAAUCGGAGCGGAAUUAGGUGUUGAUCCAGAGACUAUCCUGGCCACGUCGCAUGGGCGUCGAAGCAUUGACACAUUGGCCCUGUACGACCCGAAGAAGGCCAAUUGGGAAUAUGUCAGUUACAUUGAGGGCCAACUUCCUAAAGAAUACGGAUCUGAUGCUGUUGAGAUCCCCGGUGCGAGGUGCCUCCUUUCGGCGCUGGAUGAUGCCCGGGCACGCUGGGGCGUGGUGACAUCGGGCACGCGCGCAUUGCUUGAUGGCUGGAUGGAGGUCCUGAACCUCACACAUCCGAAGGUCCUCGUUGUCGCGGAGGAUGUUGAACUGGGUAAGCCUGAUCCACGAUGCUAUCUACUGGGGCGUGCGCGAUUGGGGUUGGAGAAUUCCUUGUCCCUAGUGGUUCUGGAAGAUGCACCGUCCGGGAUUCGCGCUGGCAAAGCAGCCGGGUUUAAGGUGAUUGCGCUAGCCACUACCCACUCGCUGGUCCAGCUUCAGGAGGCUGGGGCGGACUGGAUUGUGGAGGAUCUGAGAAGUGUCUCUGUCAAGGGCGUUGUCGAUGGCCAGAUCCAGCUCGAGAUUCGGAAUGCGUAUCAAUAA